AGCCAAUCAGAGGGCGAAUAGGCUCCCAAGCGGGUGGCGGGGAGGUGUUCUGGGUUUGAAAUCGGAAAUUUGCGGCUGCUGUAGGAACGGGGUCUGGAGGUGGGCUGGGAGUUGUAACUCCUGGUUUUAGAGCGAGGCAACCGAACUCAGGCCUGUCAGCCACGGCGACGAAGUGUCUUGCACAAUGGUAGAGGAUGAACUGGCGCUCUUCGAUAAAAGCAUAAAUGAAUUUGGAAAUAAGUUCAGAAACACUCUCAGUGACACCCCCUGUCAGAUGUUGGGGCUAAGAGAUGCCUGUAAGGACUCCAUUAAAACCCUAGCAGAAAAGCUGUCAGUGAAAUUAAAGGAAGAAGAAAAAAUGGUUGAGAUGUUUCUGGAAUAUCAAAAUCAGGUCUGCAAGCAGAACAAGCUGAUUCAAGAAAAGAAAGAUAAUCUUUUAAAGUUGAUUGCUGAAGUGAAAGGCAAAACACAGGAAAUGGAAGUCUUAACUGCAAACAUUCAGGAUCUUAAAGAAGAAUAUUCUAGGAAGAGAGAAACUAUUUCCACUGCUAACAAAGCUAAUGAAGAAAGGUUAAAAAGGCUGCAGAAGUCAGCAGACUUGUAUAAAGAUCGGCUUGGACUAGAAAUUAGAAAAAUUUAUGGGGAUAAACUGCAGUUUAUAUUUACUAAUAUCGACUCUAAGCAUCCUGAAAACCCAUUUAUGUUUUCUUUGCGUCUCAAUGAAGCGGGGGACUAUGAAGUGUCAGAUAGUGCUCCUCAUCUUGAGUGCCUAGCAGAAUUUCAAGAGAAUGUAAGGAAGACCAACAAUUUUUCAGCUUUUCUUGCCAAUGUUCGGAAAGCUUUUACCGCUACGGUUUAUAAUUAAUGUAUAAAUAGUACAUAAAAAUGGGUUGUUUCUCUUUUCUGUUGUGUAUUUCUUUCUGAAACAAUUCUGUCUUUCGUGUUUCUGUGAUGUUUCUAUGUGGUAAGAAGAAAAGCUGGAGCAUCACCCCUAAUACGUUUCUGAAAUAAAUAUUAUUUUGAGCUGAAGACAAUUAAGCAGCAGAGGCAGAGAAAACUCUUUUAAAGGCGGGGCAUCACAUUGCAAAGGUGUCUUGUCUGCCAUGUCUACACGGAAGGAAGAACGUUAAUCACUGACAAGAACCUCCAAACAAGCUCCUUCAUUAGUUACCUCUCAUAAACUUACCUUCCCUUGGUUUCCCCCUCUGGAAGCUAAAACUGCUUUCCUUUGUCUUAUGACUUUCCAAAAACCUUUUGUUCUUUGUUGAAGAUACUACAUAAGCCUACUACCUUGAGUUGCCGUUCACUGAGUUUCUCCCCUGUGGUCAGCCCUGUCUGCAUUAAUAAAUUGUUUUUCUUGCGUUAA